AUGGCCUCCUUGAGCUCCUUGGACUCGGACUCCCUCUCGGCUCCCCUUCCCACGCCUCCUUCCAAUUGCCUUCUUCCCCCCUUCUCCUUUCCUUCCUCUCAGGCGAGUAUUCCUGACCUCGCCUAUCUCGCUCUACCCUGUCCUGCCGCUGCUGGUCUUCUCGCUUCCUCUCUUCUGCCCCCGCAGCAUGUAAGUCCCACCCCUCUACUUCACCAUCGCUACGCUCUCCCUCCCUCGGCAGCCCCAAACCUCGCCAGUCACCCCUCGCCACGCGCCGCCUGCGCUCAUACUUCUCCCUCGGCUCGGGCGAGCGGAAUGCUCCAGUGGGCGCAUGACAACUCCUCUCUCUUCCUAGAGGCUCCCUGGUACACGCUCUUCCUUCCUCCGCGUCGUUGGGAACGCUUCGUCUUUGGCGUCGUUGCGCCUUCCGCUGCCCCGCGCAGUGGGGGGUCCCUCGCCUUUGGCGCCGUCGCGCGUUCCGCCUCCCCGCGCAGUGGGGGGUCCCUCGCCUUCGGCGCCGCCGCGCCUUCUGCCUCCCCGCGUAGUGGGGGAUCCUUCGCCUACGUCACCGUCAUACGUUCCGCCUCCCCGCGCAGUAGGGGAUUCGCCUUCAUCACUGUCACGCGUUCCGCCUCCCCGUGCAGUAGGGGAUUCGCCUUCGUCACCGUCGCGCGUUCCGCCUCCCCGCGCAGUGGGGGAUUCUUCGCCUUCGUCUCCGUCGCGCCUUCCACCACCCCUCGCAAUGGGGGAUCCUUCGCCUUCUGUCUCUUUUCGAUCGCCGCUGGCCCGCGCGACUGGGGCUUCUUCAAUUUCUUCCUCCCCCUCAUCAUCGCUCGCCGAGUCCAUCUCCACGUCGUCGUUGCGACGCCUUCCAUCCAUUCCGCGCCGGCAUCCUGCCAGAUCCCACGGAUCGCUGGUCGCGGGCAGCCUCCCAGGCUCCGAUCUGACGUGCAGAUCCGCUCCGCGUCCUCCAGCGCGCACGCCCACUGGCGUCACCAGAUCUGCGCGAUACGCCGCCCUCCUUGGCGAGCGCGUCGGCGACCUCCCUCGCUCCCUUGA